GUUGAAUGUUAUUCUUUGUUCGUAUUGGUCGGUUGUCAUUAGUAUAAUGUGUAUAAUCACGUGUCCGAAUGGCGGGAAACCCUUCCAAAUCACUAUGACAUAACAAGCCAACGUUGGCGUUAUCAACCGAUAACGUUACGCCGCGCCGGCCGGCUAAAAAUAUCCAUCGAUUUCCCGCUCAAAUGCCGCCAACUUGUACUAGGGCAAGGUAAAGUCAAAACUAUCCCCUUUUCUUACUUCACCUGUGUCGCAAGACACAAAAAGCGUCCUUGGAUUCCAUUGUUUGCGCGCCAAGUGGAAGUGGCUGCCAAAAUCGGCGAUUCGGUGCGCCGAAGCGCGGGAAACCGAGCGUCAGUCAGUCGCUAGCGAGAGGCAAACGCGCGCGCACGGCACAGCCACGCCGCGCUUUUAGGUUAGAAUUGGCGCGCGCCAGGUGUUAUCUCUCCCCCGCUCUAACUCACGCGCUCCCCAACCUCCCUUUCUACCUGAGAACAGCUGUUUUCUCUCGGGAGAUUAUUAGUCAGAUGUUCGCGAACCAGUCCUGAUCACCUGACGCUUGCUAUGGCCGCGGGAGGACGGACGCCGAAACAGAGGAGAUUCGAAGUGUCUUCAGGAAUGGCGCCUUUGAGGAACGUCGCGAAUACACCAAGGAGACGUCGCGGGAGUUGCAAAUGUCUGUUUGGAGCCCCGGACAGGGAUGAAACAAGACGAUUAAUGGCUGAGCAGUACUCGAGAGAAAGGAAGCGGUUUAUAAGAAGAUUCAACUUUGAUAUUGAGACGGAGUGUGUUUAUAAGGCGGCUAAAAUGGAUUCGCCAGUGAAGUUUUUGGAGGAGGAUAGUACGAAGUCUCCAAGGUCAGCGACGGAGGCGCUAGCGAGCGUAGGGAAUACGGAACUGAGGAUGUUGUCGAGCCCACGGCGGGGCAGCGGCCCCAAUUCGCCACGAACGCCACGCACGCCACGAACGCCACGAGCGGCGCGUACGCCGCGAACGCCACGCACGCCGGCGUCGAGAAGACAGCUGCAGAUGACAGAUUAUUGGACUUUAAGAAAACGCACGGAGUCCGCGUCGAGCGAUAAAGAAAAUUAGAAACUUAGGUACUAAAACUAUAUAUUAAUUAUAAACAACUUGCUGUUCACAAUAGCAUGUUUUAAAUUAUGUGCGAAAUGAAUUAAUAAUGUAUUUAUAUACCUAGC